GAAAGGUGAACGCACACAUACAGGCGCCCGUCGAACCGUACCCUCUCCAGUCCGCAUUCGACGGUGUUCACGUACGGUUGUGAGUGAUCCUGUGCCGUUUCGCUGUCGUCGCAAAUGGAAUUUUCGCCGCGCACAUUGCUGCACCGUUCGACCGUCGAAGACGUACAAGCUAUUGGAAAACAACGCGUCUAAAUGGACGAUAUCCAUUCAUGGUGGGAAGUUCCGAGUAUUGCUCACUUCUGUUCUUUAUUUCGUGUGUCUUUUGAUCUUCUUGACUUCGACAUUGAAGAUUUAGAAGCUGCUUUAUUGACAGAUGGAACUGAGGACAAUGGCAACUCUCUGUUACAGGAGCUCAUUGCCAGAUUAUUAUCUGGCUGCCUCGGCAACAACAGUAUAUCUACUUUCAACUAUCAAAUGUUUUUACGUAGACUAUUUAGAGAAAAAUGCAAGGAGUACAAUUUCCAGAACCCUUUCAAUUCCGAUAUUGACUUCCAGUUUUUGCCACUUCGAACCAAAGUGGAGAUACUUCAUGCUCUAUGUGACUUUAGAUUGGAUGCUGAUGAUGUUAUGGAAUCACUUAAAAACCUUGACUCAGAUAGUUUAAGAGUGCAUCCUUUAGGGUAUGAUGAAAAUAAAUCAGCUUAUUGGUACUUUUAUGGUACUCGUUUAUAUAGAGAAGAUUAUGAAAAAGUUGUACAUAACAAAAAGAAAAAGAAAAAAAGAGGCAGAAAAAAGAAAACUGAACUGCCUAUUUGUUUGGAUAUAGAAGAAGAUGAAUUAGAUUUAGGUUCUGGAAAAUGGCAGGUGGUUUGCUUUACCGAGAGCGACUGGGAAAGGUUGGCUUUGAAAACAGAGGAUUCAGAUAACAGGGAUGUUCAAGCUCUACAUCAAGUAAUUACUGAAGAUUUUUUACCAGAAAUUCCUCGUUUAUUUGAAGAAAAAGAGAGAUUGCAACGGAAACGCAUGUUGGAAAUGCAACCGCGUCGACAAUCUACUAGGCUUGAAAAACUUAAACAGCAAAAGGAAGAAAGAAAAAAGUAUGAAGAUUUAUGUCUUGUAAAUAAUGGAAAAGGAAAAAAAAAAGAAAAUCGAAAAAAAAAGUUAGGGAAACAAUUAAAAGUCAAAGAAAAUGUAGAUAGUGAAGAUAGUGAUGCUGAAAGUCAUGGAUAUUCUUCGAGUAGUUCCAAAAAAACGUGCCGGCAAACAAAUAAUUCAUUAGCUUCUGCUACUGGUCAAAUUGUAAUUGAACCUUCACAUCACAAACCUAAGACUAAAACUACACCUAAAGCUGGGUUUAAAUCUAGUUCUGAGGAUUUACAAAUUGGUAUGUACAAAAUAUUGAACAAAUUAAAGGAUCAUGAAGAUGCUUGGCCAUUUCUGGAACCAGUUGAUGAAGAAAUAGCACCAAGCUACUACAGGGUAGUAAAAACUCCAAUGGAUCUCCAACAAAUGGAGGAUAAGCUUAAUAAAGAUUUGUACCAAACAUUUGGUCAGUUCAAACAUGAUUUUCAAUUAAUUAUCGCCAACUGUAAACAGUACAAUGGAUCUACAAAUGAAUAUUCAGUUAUGUGUGGAAAUUUACAAAGAGUUUUCAACAUUGGGGUUCACAAAUAUCUAGACUGGGAGGUGUCUGAGGAAUCUGAUGAUGAAAUGGCAUAUCUUAAACGCUAUGAAAAUGGAACUAUGAGAUCAAGGAUAAGUAGAAACAGACAGAGAAGCACUAGUAGUAAAGAAUCAUCUAAUAAUACUGAUAAAGAAAACGAAGAAAAAUUACGAGAGUGUUUAGAUUCAAGCAAAUUUGAAAAUAGUAUCAAUCAAACUGAUGAUGACUCCUGUAGUUUAGAUUCUAAAUUGGAAUCUAAAAAGAAGGAAUUUAAGGCAAAAGAAAUGUCCAAGUUAAAAAAAAGUGUAAUAAUAAAAAAUACUAGUGCUAUAGAAGUACAAGCACUCGAAGAAGUUACAGAGCAGACUUUAAGGGACAUAAAUAAAUGGUUGGAUGACACGCCAAGCUUUUCUUCAGCAAGUAAUUCACCAAUGGCAACAUUAGCUGGUUCAGUGUUAGAUGAUGCUGAGGUUACAUCUCGUUUAGACGCAGAGUAUCGUCAAGCGCAUAAGCUUGAUAAGCCACGUUUGCCAUUCAAAGAAAAAAAGCGGCCAGCUAAAGAAUCUGUUGUAUUGCCUGUAAAACGAAAGCGAGAAAUUCAAAGAACAAUUGAUCGUUUACAACCUGGUAAAAGUAAAGGUAACCUAAUUUCAAACAAACCUGAUGAUAACCAAAGUAUUGCCAAACAAAAACUGAUUAGAGCCGAUUUAGAAACAGCGCCCACUCUAAGUUUAGGUACAGUAUUGAACACUGACCUUAUGGGAUUUUCUUCAAAGAGGUCAAGUGAAGACAAAGACUUAGAAAAAACUGAGGAAGAACCUGAAAAAAGUCCUAAUGAUAAAAAUAAUAUAGAUAAAAAAGAAGAGAUUAAACCAAUAGAAGUGUCCGAAGAAAAGCCAGAAAAAGCUACUCCAAAUUUGAGUGCUUGGUUUAAAGCAUUUGGAGCACCAAAGACACAACCAACUCCAAAGCGCAAACAAGAAGCUAUUGACACAUCGCCCAUGUACACGGCUUAUGCUAUGAAUGAUAUGGUACCUUAUGAUUAUACUUUAAAAGAUACAGAAAAAAAAGAAAACUUAACUCAAGUAGAUAGCAAGAAGAUUACUACGCCUAUUCCAUCAAUUUCACCUGAUAAACCAGUUUCAAAACGACAAAGAAAGACAAGUACUGGCAGUAGUGUAUCAGAACAGUCGUCCCAAAACGAUUCUUGGAACUCUCCUCGUCCUAGUUUAGAUGAAUCUAAUUUAUCACCACAAUCUGGCAAUUCCCCACAACAGUUAAAGCCUUAUCAAAACGUUUUGAACAUUCCUCACGCUCCUAUCAAAGUUGGUUUCUAUCAAGAUGCUUUUGCUAGGCCAAAUUCUGAAAAAAGCAGUAGUUGUAGCCCAAGAAAUCCUUCUAGUGUAAUGACAACAAGUCCUCAUGGUCAAAGUCCACAUCAGAUUUUUAGUAGCCCCCGUGAUUUAACCAAUGAUAGUCCUGGUAAUUUUGUCGGAAGCCCUCAUGAAGCUAGUUGUAGUCCACAUAACAUUGUCAACAGUCCUAAAGAAAGCCCACAUCAUUUAAUAUUGAGUCCUCAAGAUUCAAGUAAUAGUCCUUAUUAUAGUCCUCAUAACAUAAUUAAUAGUCCGAAGGAACCAGUGGCCAGUUUAGCAGACGAUUAUCAACAAAAUCAAAAUGUUUACUCCCAGUAUAUUGGAUCACAACAAAGUUCACCUCAAAAUACAUACACCGAAUUAUACUCUCAACAACAACAAUCAAUAAGUUCUGCUUCUUCUAAAACUCAAAAUAUAUAUCCUGUAAAGAAACGUGUGUAUAAUGAAGAGGAGAAGCCUCAAGAGGUGGCUUUCACUCCAACUGUAGCUAGCAAGGAACAAGAAAGAGUGUUUGUACCUACUCCCGGCCAGAUGCCUAAUUCUAAUUUUAACUCUGAAUUAAACUAUUCAAUGGCUUACCCGCGUAACGAGCAACCUCUUCCUCCUUAUCAGCAAAAUAUGGACCAUCAACAUUCACCAGUGCCGGUCACAUACCAAAAUAGUCUUGACUACUUACAAAUGGCUCGUAACCGGAAUGAUAAUGAACAGAAAAAUGUGCCGAAUUCUAUAUUUAACUAUACAGCAUCUAACUCAACUUUUGUAUCGGCACCAGCACCUCACUACACAUCAACUCCUUUGAAUUAUUCAAAUCCUUCUAAAGAUGCUAUUGGUUAUACUACAGCUCCAUUGAACUAUGCAAGUCGAACCACUUCUGGACAAUUUAUGCCCCCUGAUUACAAGCAGCCAACUACUCAACAAAGACUAAACUAUAAUAAUCCUUAUGAACAAUACCCAGAUCAAAUUAAUCUACGACCCUAUAAUUAUCCUGUACUACCCAGUAAAUCUUAUCCACAUCCAAUACAAGACAUGAUACCAAAUAAGUCGCAAAAUAUUGAUUUUACUACUGGUCGGCCAUUGCCAAAUCUCAUGCCAGGAAAUAUGCCCUUCCGUUAUAAUCAGUCAGCAUAUCCAGGACCACCAUCUGUUGCAGAAAUGAUAAAAAAUAAAAUGGAAAUAAGCCAACCUACUUAUUCAAGUUCGACUAUGGCCGAGAUGAUUAAAGCGAACCAACCAACCUAUGUUAAUUCAGCAAUGGCAGAUAUGAUGAAAGCUAAUCAACCACCAGCUUACCCUCCAAAUUCAUCAGUGGCUGAAAUGACAAAGUCAAAAAUGGAAAUGAAUAGGUCUUUAAUGAUGGAACCAGUGCCUUCUAAACCGGCCAAAAAGACUAGUAAGAAAAAAAAAGCCGUCACGCAAAAAUCACUGCCACCACCAACUGCAGUUCCCCCAGCCGUAAUGGAACCUCCUAGAGGCGUAGACCCAUCACGGGCUGACCCUUCAUAUCCACAUCAUUACUCUCCACUAGUGAAACCACCAAUGUCUACUGGAGCAUUCAACUUCAAUCCAGCCAUCAAGGAUGGAUAUCAAGAUUAUCUGAAUGAAAUGCGAUCAACUGGCUAUUUUGCUGACCAAGCUGCUGCAGCAGCAGCAGCGGCGGCGGCACAAACAGAUGAAAGAAAUCCUGCAUUUGCUUUUGCUAGGCCACCGUCAGGUUAUGCUCCUCCUCCAUUAGAAGCUUACAACCCUCCUAAUCCUUCAGAAAUUUAUUCACAAUUGUUACAGAGGCAUCCAAUGAUGUUGCACCAAGGGCUAGCAGGUUUUCCACCCCCAGGUUAUUUAAAUAUGCAUGAUCCUAUGAAUAGACAUCCUCCUUGGAUGUAAUUAAUUCUACUUAGAUAUGUUUUAGCAUUUCCUUGGUAUAAUUGCUUAUUUAUUAAAAUAUAUUAUUUUUAUAUUUUAUGUCAAGUCAUCUUACUUGAUUUUUAUCACGAGGAUGAUAGUUUUAUUAAUAAUAAUCUUUCCUUUUUUUUUGUCAAAUUAUUUUGGUUUUAAAAUUUUUUAAAUGCUUUCCAAAUAAGUAUUAUUUAUUUUCUGCUCGACUGUUUUAUUUUCCAGCUAUAGUUUUUAUUUAAUUUGAGUUUAAUGUAUGUAAUAUUGAUGUUGAUUUUUUUAUACAUAGUAUUGAAAAAAAAAACUUAGUCUUCCAUUAUGAAAACAUAACAAUUGUAAUUGUUCUAAACUAUAGUUUAUUACAUAUGCACAUUUCAACCAUUGUAAAAGUAAAAUAAUUCUGUUUAUUCCUCCGUAAACAAUCAAACUUCUUCCGAUGAACCACAGUGCAAUUGUGAAUUGAUAAUUUAAUUAUUAUUUUUUUCUUUGUUACA